CUCCUGAAGUGGAUGACAACAGACUGGUCAUCAUUCUUGUGUCCGUCUCCAUACUCAUUGUGGCUGUCAUCAUAUUUUGUCUUAUACUGAGGGGAAAGAUUUGGUUGAAACUGCGCGACUGGAUCGGUUAUUCCACCCAAACCGGCUCAGCCAGAAAUAAUAGGAGAGGAGUUCCUCGGAGUAAGACCAGUAACUUUUUUUUUUCAGUUAUGAGUGUUUUUGAUUGAAGUUUUUAAGACCUUGGUAUAAUGGUUAGGUUGUCUUUCUCUCAAUUAAGUGGCAUCAUCUGGGACCCUCCCAGCGUAUAGGUAAACACUUGGUGAAAGUGGUGGGAUGGUGGGGAGAUAACCCUGAGUAAAAAAAAUACAACCUUUGCAUGGUAAUAAAAAUUUUCUGUCUUUGGAAUAAUAGCUGCAGGAACAAUUUUGGGAUUUUAAAAAAAAAGUAUCUUUAAAAAAAAAAACUUUAUCUUAAAAAGUAACAUUUAUUCUGCUUACAAGAAAUUUAACCGGUUUACUUUAUCCAAUGAUAUUUAAUUGUCACAAAAAAAAAUAUAUUUUUACAAAUACAUGUAAAUACAUUAUAUGCUUUGGUCAGUGCCUGCUAUACUUAAAAUGUUUAGUUAAGAUGAGUCAUUGAAAGUACAACUUUAUUGUGCAGUUUGCCCUCUGACAUCAGUAAUGGGCAUGGUAUUAUUACUACUAUAUCAUUUCUUGACUCGAAGCAACUUAAAACAAGAAGAUACAGUAGAUAAGCCAUUACAUUAUCAUUAGAUAGUCUGCUAUUUAGCAGUAAUCAUUAGUCAAUGAUGUGUGUUUUACUAUAACUGUUAAUUUUUUUCUUUAACCUAAGUUUUUUCAGCCAAUCAAUAUAUUAUUUAGUUUUAAUGAUAAAAUAAAUUUGAAAUGAGUUUUAUUUCAUUUUUGAAAAUUUAAUUCCCCCCCCCCCCUUUUUCUUGCAGUUCUUCCGAUUUAUUGCUUUGAGUAUUUUUUUUUUUAACCUAAAUUUUUUCAGACAAUCUAUAUUUUAUUUAGUUUUAAUGAUAAAAUUAAAUUGAAAUGAGUUUUAUUUCAUUUUUUAAAAUUUAAUUCCCCCCCCCCCCUUUUUCUUGCAGUUCUUCCGAUUUAUUGCUUUGAGAAUGCCAACUAUGUGAAGGCCGUUGAAAGCCACGUCUCCCUUCUACGUCGGUAUGUGGAUGUCUUACGUGUCCCACCAGAGUUACAGCUGGAUUGCUUUGUCUGCGGACCCAGAAGUCGUGAUCAUUCUUGGGUUGACUCUGAGGUCAAGGACAGCGAUGUUAUUAUUUACUUAUCUCCGAGCCUAGGAGCGCUACUCAAAAAUGAUUUAGACACAUCUCAUUUAUCUCAACAGGAUGCCAUCUGCGCUCAAUCCAUACGUGCAGUACAUGAGCACAGACUAAGUUCUCAGUGUACCAAACCCGUUCUCGUAACUUUUGAUUGUUUUCAUCGAGCA